AUGACGAGUCUACCGAAGGAUGCCAAAGGCAAAGGACGCGCUACGGAAACGACUCCAUUAUUAGCGAAUCAAGCAAAUUUGACCUCCACGGGACAAGCCUCGGCCAGCAGAGACCUAGAACCAGCGCCGGAACAUGGCGAUGACCGUGCACAAGCACCGACGGGUCGACGCGCCUUUCAAAAGACGUUGUUGAACAUAUUCCUCGUCUCUUUAACGGUCGUCGUCAUAUUAUUCGUCGCGAGCGUCCUUUUAGUAUAUUCAUACGCGCAACGUGCGCGAGGGGUCAGCUCCGACGAUUUGGAGCGGGCUAUUAUAUGGAAAGGACCGAGCUCUGUAGACGUAGUAGAGGUUUUGGAUGACCAAUAUGUCGUCCUGAACGUCAGAGGUCUGCUAGGUGUCGACACAAAUAUUGUUCUGGGGUUCAAUUCAGACGACGAGCAGGAAAACAUCUAUGUCAGAUGGUGGAGAGAUAUUGGGCGAUGGGGUGUUGGCUUCCUCGGAGCUGUCACGGUCAGAGCGGGCCAGGUAGUCGCGUACGAGGCCAAGCACAUCGAGCCACUGGCACGAGCGACUCUGAAAGAGUUUGUCGCACCUCUUACUGCCAAUCCGGGGGAGCCUUGGGACGAUAGCUGGCUACGACCAGUCGACUUGACGAUCAUUGCCCAACCCUCUCAGGAUGCAAGUCUCCUCCAACGAUUUGCUGAAGAGUCGUGGGCCAAAGGGGCUCUAGAUCUCAGAAUGGAGGUCGACAAAGUCAACGUGCGAGGCGGUACUCCACACGGACGAGGCAGCUGGUGGCGCGGAAUGGUUACAGCUCGCAAGACCGACCUGGCGUCGCGUAUUCGCUACAAGCUUCCUGCGCUUCCCGGCUUCCCGAACCCUCAUCAACCGCUUGCCAAACUGCUUCAGUUGGUCUCAUAUUCUGUCAUACAAGACGACGGACAACUAUCACUCUACGCUUUAGCGACGAUUCCUAACCCACUCGAUUCCAUUAAACUAUCAUUCCCGGACAUACCAUACGAAGUUUCCCUUCUUUCUCCGCCACUCGACCCGCUACCUAUCUCUUCCGGAACCGUAUCUCCAAAGCUAACUUCACCCAACAUCUCGCUUCCUAUCACUGGUCGUGUCAUUCCACUCUCCUCUCCAGACUCCUCCUUUAUACUAUCAGAGUUUAUUGGAGACUUCCUCUCGGGGAUCCCUCCUCCUAUCGCCAUUCGGUGCCCGUUACUUCCCAACCUAACGAUUGAGACUACAUUCCCACCUCCAGAUCCGCCGCCACGCGUCCUUCGCGACGUCACUAUCAAGCAAAUGUCCGUUUCGGUUGCACCAGGAGGCGGAAUGCUUGCGAGUGGAACCAUCUGGGCGAAAAUGGUCCUCCCACCCGGGUUCCAUCUCACUAUCAAUGUUACGCAUGUAUGGCCCGACGUCCUUGUCUUUGAUGGGCCUAUCGAACUUCCGCCCGAAGACGACGAUGAAGAUCACGGCGGAUUUCCCGUUCAUCUCCCACACUUGCCUUUACCCGACCUUCCGACUUUGCCAACACCAAAGGUACCAGAACUACCGUGGCAUCAUAGACUCCCUACUUUUCCUGGCCAUCCUAGCAAUCCCAAAGAUGAUCCUCCACCGCUGCCGACGCCACUUCCCGCGAGGGCGUUUGCACGUAUCCGCCCAACUGAUUGGAUUACAGCGACGACAUUGGAACCUUGUGAAGGCGACCUCACUGCUCGAUCUCUUGAAGUGGACAACGAAGAGUGGAUCGCGGUAGAACGGCCGACUCCGACACUUAAGGAAUGUGAUCCGGUCGACGAAAGCGGUGGAUGGACGGCAACAGUGACCGCAACAGUUGAGAAGGUGCCUCUGCAGGUUCUUCCCGGUCGAGAUAAAGAAUUUAGGUCGUUUAUCAACAAGGUCCUGUGGAGUCGGGAUGGAGCCGUCGCCGGUCUACGAGGAGUGUCAGGAGUACGAUCCAAAGUCGCGGGGUUGUUGAAUGGGCGUCAGGGAGAAGAAGAACCGACACUUGAGCUCAAUAAUCUACCUUUCGAAGGCAAUGUGCUCGUUGGAAAGAGAGGUCUUUAG